GACGCUGAGGCGGCGCCGGGACCGGGAGCGGUAUCGGGAACGGGAUCGGGAGGCGGGGCUGGAGCGGGAACCGAGCGGGCCAUGACCGCCGCCGCCGCGCGCUGAGUCCCCGCCGCUCACCCGGGCCGGGAUGCCCCGAGGGGGUCCCGGGCCGCCGCCGGAGCCAUGGAGGAGGAGGGCAAGAAGGGCAAGAAGCCUGGAAUUGUGUCGCCGUUCAAGCGAGUGUUCCUGAAGGGGGAGAAGGGCCGGGAUAAGAAGGCUCAGGAGAAGGUGACGGAGCGGCGCCCGCUGCACACGGUGCUGGUGACGCUCCCUGACCGCGUGGAGCCCGACCUGCUGCUCCACGACUACAUCGAGAAGGAAGUCAAGUAUUUAGGGCAGCUCACAUCCAUCCCAGGAUACCUGAACCCCUCCAGCCGCACGGAGAUCCUGCACUUGAUCGACAACGCCAAGAGAGCCCAUCAGCUCCCGGGGCAGCUGACCCCGGAGCACGAUGCCGUCAUCAGCCUCUCUGCCUACAACAUCAAACUAGUGUGGAGGGACGGGGAGGACCUGAUCCUCAGGGUGCCCAUCCACGACAUCGCCUCCGUGUCCUACAUCCGGGAUGACUCCGCUCACCUGGUUGUGCUCAAGACAGCUCAGGAUCCCGGGAUCUCGCCGAGCCAGAGCCUGUGUGCCGAGGGCUCCAAGGCGCUGACGUCGGGCUCGCUGUCGGAGAGCGCGGGGGGGCCCCUGGAGUCCUGCUGCCUGGUGGUGCUGGCCACAGAGAGCAAGGUGGGUGCCGAGGAGCUGUGCUCCCUGCUCAGCCAAGUCUUCCAGAUCGUUUACACCGAGUCCACCAUCGACUUCCUGGACCGCGCCAUCUUCGACGGAGCCUCGACACCCACAAGGCACCUGUCCCUGCACAGCGGUGCGUGUGUCCUCUCUGUCCCUGUCCUGUCUGUCCCUGCACAGCGGUGCGUGUGUCCUCUCUACACCAAGUCUGUGCCUCUCACAUUCCGUCUCCCAAUUUUCUUCCCUCCAGAUGACUCUUCCACCAAAGUGGACGUGAAGGAGCCCUUCGAGGCGGACGCCAGCACUUUUUCCUUUGCAGACACUCUGGAGGCAGGGGACACGUCCCCCUCGUCCCCACACGUGACCACGGCCAGCGAGAGCGAGCUCAGCACCACGGCCACCGAGCUGCUCCAGGACUACAUGAUGACGCUGCGCACCAAGCUGUCCUCGCAGGAGAUCCAGCAAUUUGCCAUGCUGCUGCACGAGUACCGCAAUGGGGCCUCCAUCCACGAGUUCUGCAUCAACCUCAAGCAGCUCUAUGGGGACAGCAGGAAAUUCCUGCUCCUGGGCCUGCGUCCCUUCAUUCCCGAGAAGGACAGCCAGCACUUCGAGAACUUCCUGGAGACCAUCGGGGUGAAGGACGGCCGGGGCAUCAUCACCGACAGCUUCGGGCGGUACCGGCGCUCCCUGGGCCCCGCCUCCGCCUCCAACGGCACCGGCGCCGCCGGCAGCUCGGACGAGCAGUCGGUGCCCUCGGAGGAGGACGAGUGGGACAGGAUGAUCUCCCACAUCAGCAGUGACAUCGAGGCCCUGGGCUGCAGCCUGGACCGGGACUCGUCCUGAGGGAGCCCGGGAAUCGCGGCUGCUCCCGCCUGGAACUCUGGGCUGCCCUCGGGGGGACCCCGGGACACUGAGGCACCCCAGGGUGGGGGACACGCGGGACUGCCCCCGUGGGGACAUGGAAUGUGGAGCUGAUCCCAGGGGGAGCCUGGGACGUGGAGCUGCCCCUGGAGGGACCCCAGAACAGGGAGCUGCCCUGGGGGGAUCCCAGGACACAGAGCUGCCCGUGGAGGGGCCCAAGAACACCAACCUGUGCCCUCAUGGAGAUCCUGGAACGUGGAGCUGCCCCUAGCAGGAUCCUGGAGCCCUGCUGUGGGAUUUGGGGGCUCCAGUGGGAUUGUCUGUACUGACACAGCCUCAUCACCAGCUCCAGGGGCUCCCUGCAGAUCCCAGCUCUAGCUGGGGCCUGGGGGACAGAUCUGGAUGUGGAUUUGGAUUUUUGGGGACCGGUCUGCUCCUGAACAUCCCUGUCUGUUCCUGAGGGAUGUCCUGAGUGUUAGGAUCCAUUCCCAAGGGGCUGGAUCUGCUCCCCCCCAGUUUACAGUUUGCACAGCGGGUCCCCAGAGCUGCCCCCCCCCCCCAAUGAAGUUUUACCACAA